AUGCGGUCCCUAUUCAUCGGUCUGCAGCUCAUCUCAAUGGUAGCAUCUGCUACUGUUGUCAUCAAUGCCCGAUCCGUGGCCAAGGACUUGCAAGACCUUGUCUCGACAUCCUCUGUCGCCGUCGAACUUCGAGAACGUUGGAGUGACUUUGAUGUACCUCUGCCCUCCGUCAUCGUCAAUGCGACAUCCGAAGGGGAUCUGAGCGCGGUGGUCCACUACUGUUCAUCAAACAGCAUCCCAUUUCUCCCUCAGAACGGUGGUAAUGGUUGGGCGACGAAACAAUUCAAUCUGGGCAGCAACGGCGUCCUAAUCAACCUCGCUGGCCUCAACCAGGUCACUAUCAGUGCCGACAAGAAGACAGCUACGAUCGGCGGAGGAGCUCUCAUUGGCGAUGUCGUUGCCGCUGCUGAUGCUGCUGGCGUAUUGAUUCAAACGGGCAAUUGCAACUGCGUCGGUGCUCUCGGUGCAGCCCUAGGAGGUGGUUAUGGCAACAUCAUGGGGGAACACGGCUUUGCUGUCGACAAUAUCCUCUCGAUGCGUGUGAUCACUGCCGACGGAGAGGCUCAAACUGUUUCAAAGACGUCCAACCCCGAUCUCUUCUGGGCUCUGAGGGGCGCUGCACCCAACUUUGGCAUCGUAACAUACGCAACAGUGAACGCAUGGCCGACAGCAAGUCGUACAUCGUGGAUCAUGUCCCUGACCUUCGACCCCGCAAAGAUCGCCGACGUGGCGCAGGCCAUCCAAGAUCUUCCUUUGCUCCCGGAACAAGUCGUCUACCUGGUUUUGACAAACUCGGGUGACUCUUCCAACUCGCCCACAGUUCUAGUCACUGGCUUCCUCCGCGAAGGAACAGACGAAGCUGGCCGCACCGCCUUUGCACCCCUUUACAACCUCGGACCUUUGACUAACUCCAGCGUUGUCACCCCCUACCAGGAGUGGAAUGCCGCCAACGACAAUUUCUGUGCCCGCGGAGGACGCAAGCCGGCGUACAGCACGACCAUCAACAACAUGAAGUCGGAGACGUGGCCUCAGAUCUGGAGUCUGUAUACCGACUUCCAAAAGCAAACUGGCGCGCAGAACUCGGCUGUCCUGAUCGAGAGGUACAACUUGACCACCGCGAAAUCGGUUCCUGCUGGCUCGGCAGCCAUGCAAGACGAGCUUCGCCAAGAGGCGUUUGCGCAAGCAAUUGUCAUCCCGUGGUAUGAGGAUGCGGCCCUCGAUACACAAGCUCUGGAAUUCGGGGCAAAAGUCCGAGAUAUCUGGAGCUUUUCUUCGAGUGCCCUCGUGAAUCCGACGUAUAUCAACUUUGCGCAUGGAGAUGAGGAGCUACAAGCCAUCUACGGAUCAAGCUUGGAUAGACUUAAGGCUCUCAAGAAGAAGUUUGAUCCCUUUGGGUCUUUUGGUCAGUGGUUUAAGAUCACAUGA